AUGACAUUCUUUCCAAUUCAUCGUUAUCGUCUAUUUGAUGAUCCAGUUGAUCGAUUCUUUGAUGAUCAAUUAGAUUUCUUCGAUCCUUGUAAUCAAUCAAAUCAAAGUAAAAGUCUUAUACCAACAUUACGAUCACCAAAUCCUGAAAAAUAUUGUGUUCAAUUCAACGUAGCAGGUUUCAAUCCAGAAACAAUUAAAACAAAAGUUCAAGGUCGAAAAGUUAUUGUCGAAGCUAAACAAGAAGAUCGUCAACCGGAUGAUUCAAAACAUUUAGCUUCAUAUGUAACACCAAAUAAUAUACUUGUUAUUGAAGUAGCUAUUCAUAAUCCAGAAAUAGAACGUCGUGUUGCUCAAGCAAAAAAUGAUAAUCAAAGUUUAGCACAAUUUGGUCAAUAUCGUGAUCCAUUAUUUGAUUAUAUUGAAUUUUUAGUUGGUUCAGAUUUUCAACCACGUAUUAUUGAUAAAGGUAAUAAUCAAAAACAACUUGAAAUAUCAAUUGAAAUGAAAAAUUCUCGAUCAGAUGAAAUAAAAGUAUCAGUUCAAAACAAUGAAUUAAUUGUACAAGAUGAACAUCAACAUAAAGAUAAGAAUUGUUCAGAACGAUCCUUCUUCUUUAAAUCAACAACAUUACCACCUGGUACACAAAUGGAUCAAUUACAAUCACAUUUAACAGAUGAUAGACAAUUAAAAAUUGAAGCACCUUAUAUUGAACAAAAUGAAACUACAAAAUCCAUUGAACAUCAGAAGAAAUAA